AUGAGUGACCGGCCCUUACUCGGUGGCGGAGACAGCAUCAACGGCAGCGGGGGCUCGCAGGACCUCGAAGGCCAGGACUUUGCUCCUUACAGGACCUUCCCCCCUUCGCCAACGGAGAGCAGAGAGUCUUUGGCGAGUGUCGUCUCUAGUACUCGGACCAGAGUCAACCCCAAAAUCGUAUCUGAUGCGAUCCUCGGCCUGUCAGAUGGGUUGACCGUUCCCUUUGCCCUUAGCGCUGGGCUCUCUGCUCUCGGGAACACCAGGGUCGUGGUUGUCGGAGGCCUGGCUGAGCUCGUUGCUGGUGCUAUCUCCAUGGGCCUGGGCGGAUACGUUGGCUCCAGAAGUGAAGUGGAAGCAUACGAAGCCACGGUCCGAGAAACGAAAGACCUAGUCAAAGCAUCUCCAGCAGAAACAAUGACCAUCAUCCGUCAAGUAUUUGCUCCCUACAAUCUCCCAGACGAACCCGUGGCUCGAAUGAGCAACAUCCUGCAUGACUCGCCGCAGAAGCUCCUUGACUUCCUUCUCACUUUUCACCACAAAGAGUCCAAGCCCUCCUGCAAUCGGGCCUGGAUAUCUGCCAUCACCCUUGCUCUGGGCUACUUUAUCGGCGGCUUCAUUCCUCUCAUUCCUUACUUCUUGGUGGAUCGUGUCCUGGUUGCGCUCUACUAUAGCAUUGGUAUCAUGGCCAUCACAUUGUUGGUUUUUGGCUACGUCAAGACCUGUGUCGUUCGUGGGUGGAUAGGCAGAGAUAACAUCGUUGCCGGCAUUAAAGGAGGGCUUCAGAUGGUUGUCGUUGGAGGUCUGGCGGCCGGUGCAUCUAUAGCUCUGGUUCGAGCUAUCAACCCUUCCGGUAACGGGCUGAUUUGA